GUUUAGACUUGGCCUCCCUUUUGGGUAAUUGCGGGGCUGGAACGUAUCCCACUUGCAUCUCGUCUCACUCAGCCUUCCACUGCAUCAUCGAAGAACUACUUUAUAUACAACCGACGACCUUCAAAAGUUCGCGCACACCGCCAUGGACGCUGAUCACCAUACAGACGUCCUUCAAAGGUUUCUUUCCGCAUUUCAAGCGCUGUCAAAUUCCGACCAGGCUAGAGCACGGCAGCUUAUCGUCAACAGCGAUCCCGCAGUCAGCGCCCAAAGAUCUAGGAACGACUUAGUCCCCAUCAGUCCAAACACAGGGGACACGCAUUCAUGCCGCAUCUGCCAGAAUUUGCACCUCACACACAUUCUUGAUGACCAGGAAGCACAGCUGGCACUGGAUGAUUUGAUGCGAUUUGGGACAGAGACAUUGCGUCUCACUAAGAAGAUCUUAGCUGACAGCAACUCUCGAAGAUGCCUCAUCGUCCAAUGGGCCAUUGAAUACCUCCAUCAAUCUCUCGACACGUUCAAGAAAGAGCUUGAAACGAAAAAGGUAUCGUCGGCUAUGCGAUGGUUCGAUGGUACGAUGAAGUUGUCCGCAGACGAUCUUGAUUACAUCGACCCUCGUAGCGGUGUCUCUGUCCAACUGUACUGGUCUGGACACGAUUCUACAGCAUCAAUCAGGUUCUCUUACGCCGCGAAUCCCCAUCUGUUAGGUAGUCUCUGGGAUGCGUCCCACUUCGAGCAAGAGCUUGAUGAUACACCUGCUGGCUACGAUCGUUUCGUGCGCAGAUUUGAAAGAUCUCAGCUUAUCAGGGCGCGAAUAUUCACGGCUACAGCCAAUCCUAUGAUUCCAGAAGUACUUGUACGGUCGGAGGUAGACAGAUCGGACCUAGGUCCUGGCUUCAACCUAGCCUCGCGAUGGCUCGGAGACUGUCAGCUAAAACAUGACACGUGCCCUAAGCCAUAUGGACUUCUGCCAACACGUGUGAUCGACCUAGGUACAAGACGACCCAUCAUGUCAGUCAGCUUGCAUUGGAGUGAGGAAGGUGAACAAGGGCAAUAUGUUGGUACGUUGAUUCUCCCUGAGAUGACUGUGGGGCAAUUCCCCGGUGUGUAGAUUCUUCAGACAUGAUUUGACCGUCCAGAUAGCUCUCUCGUACUGUUGGGGUGGGCCGCAACCUAUCACCACGAGACAAGACAAC